AUGGGCGUCACUGCUGCCGCGCUUCUCAACCGUCUUGUCCAAAGCGCCUCCCGCUACCGAGCUGUCCAGAAGCCGAAGAACCUCCCUGCCGGCGCCAGCGGCGCCGCCGGCAGAGAUCCCCACAUUCACAGCACGGAAAUCCUCUCCCAGAUCGACUCCGGCAACCUCCAGAAGUCUGUGGCUCUUCUAGCCGCCUCCCCUAUCGCCUUACCCCCUUUCUUCUACCUCCGCCUCUUGCAGCUCUGUUCCGCCAAGUCCGCCCUCGUCGAGACGCGGAAGGUCGAGUCACAUCUUGUCAUCUUCAAUUCCUCCCCGUCCACCUUCCUCUUGAACCGUACCAUCGAGACGUACGCUAAAUGCGGCGGCCUCAGAGAUGCGCGGGAGCUGUUCGAUGAGAUGCCUCGCCGGGAUGGCGGCUCAUGGAACGCCAUGAUCGUGGCGUAUUCCCAGGCGGGACGUGCCGCCGAGGUGAUUUCGUUGUUUUCGAUCAUGAACGGUGCCGGGGUUUGCGCGAACGAGAUCACCUUCGCCGUUGUUCUGAGUUCCUGCGGGAACGCUCUGGAAUCGUUCCUCGCGAAACAGAUCCACGGCCUCAUCGUGAAGCAUGGUUUCUACCACAACGUGAUCUUAGUGAGCUCGCUGGUGGAUGUUUAUGGGAAAUGCCACCUGAUUGACGAUGCGAGGAGAGUUUUCGAUGAGAUCAAGUCCCCGAACCUGGUCUCCUGGAACGUCAUCGUCCGCCGGUACCUCGAGGCAGGAAACGGAUCGGAAGCACUGACAAUGUUCUCCAGGAUGAUCCGAGAAGGUUUCAGGCCGAUGAACUUUACCUUCUCCAAUGCCCUAAUUUCUUGCUGCAAAAUCAUGGCGCAGGAAGAGGGGCGACAGAUCCAUGUAGUCGCCGUGAAGUGGGCUCUAGACGAGGACGACGUCGUCUCCGCUUCGUUGCUCGAGAUGUACGCCAAAUGCGGCCUUCUGGACGACGCCCGCCACGUCUUCCAUCUCCAUGGCCCGAGGAACGUCUUCACGCAAACAUCGCUUGUAUCUGGGUACGCCAGGCUGGGGAGAGUACAGGACGCAGAAUAUCUCUUUGAGGAAAUGCACGAGCGGACCACGGUCUCCUGGAAUGCGCUCAUGGUGGCCUAUAUCCGGUCCCUUUCCUGGGAGAAAGCCUUGGAGCUCGCAAAGAGGAUGGUGAGAGAAGCCGGGGUGAUUGAGAUGGACCAUGUCACCACAGGUCUGGCUCUUAACCUCUGUGCCGGCCUCUCUGAUUCAUAUCUCGGCAGGGAAGUCCAUGGGUUUGCUUAUCGCCGCGGUUUCUUCUCCAACCAUCUCGUGGGGAACUCCCUCCUGGACAUGUACGGAAAAUGCGGGUGCUUGAGGAGCGCCGAGCUCAUGUUCAGCCUCAUGGCGUCCUCUCGGGAUGUGAUUUCCUGGAAUGCUCUUCUCUCCAACUACGCCCGCCAUGGAAGGAGCGAAGAGGCCCUGGGCAUCCUCAGCAGGAUGCAGGCAGAGACGACCCCGAGCAAGUUCACUCUGAGCGCCGCUCUGGCCGCAUGCUCGGACAUACCCUCCCUCGAGCAAGGGAAGCAGAUCCAUGGCUACCUGCUCAGGCGCCGCUGCGAGAGCGACGUCGUCGUCAGAGGCGCUCUGGUGGACAUGUACUCAAAAUGCCGGCGCCUGGAGUACGCCAGAAAGGUGUUCGACGAAAAGGGUCCGAGGGACGUGGUGCUAUGGAACUCCAUGAUCUUGGGGUACGCCUACAAUGGCCGCGGUGGCGACGUCCCUCACCUUUUCGAGUCGAUGCAGGCGGAGGGAAUCUCAGCAGACGGCAUCACAUUCGUUGGAGUCCUCCAAGCAUGCGCCAGCAGCGGCUCGGUCGGCGCCGGGCGCGAGUACUACAAAUCCAUGAGCGAGAUCCACUGCCUUAUGCCAUGGAUGGAGCACUACGAGUGCAUGAUCGAACUACUGGCCAAGCACGGGCGGACGGGCGAACUCGAGGAUUUCAUUCGUCAGAUGCCGUUCGAGCCCACCGCCGCCAUGUGGGCGAGAAUCUCAGACUGUCGCCAGAUGCAACCAUGA